AUGAUAUGUUCAAAGUGUGAAAUUUCAAAACUUUCCAGGGAAUUUCCGGAGAGCACCAUUGGUUCAAAAUGCGCACACAUUGCGACCUGGUGUCUUGAGUGUCUCGUGGAAUACCUAAGAAAAGAGGAACAAAAUAAAUGUCCUGAAUGUGGAGUUGAAUUGGCGGAACAAGAAAUCCACAAUCAUUAUUUAUAUUGGGACAAAGCAAGCUUCAAAAUUGACAUCGAAAACGUCACUCAAACGUACGCUGAACUUUCUGGUCAAAACGACAUAAACUCCGAGGAUUUUUAUGUGGUCUUGUUGAAUGGCAAAAAGAUUACGUUGAAAAUUCGUGACAUUACUACUGUCAAAGAUUUAAAAUAUGCUUUGAGAGCUGAAAUCUCAGUCGAUAUUACAAAACAGAAAUUAAUUUACAAGGAUGUGGAACUUAAUGACCUUCGAGAUGAUGGAAUCAACAAUAGCACACUCGAGGAUUAUGAAAUUCGUGCCAAUAGUCAUGUUCAACUCAUUGUCGUGCUCUACUCUAUCACGAAAGAUCAAGCUUUAACUAACCUGGCUUUUGAUUUGUACUGGGGUUUUCCCGACUCAGGACAAGACUUUCUUGACGGUACUUGCUUGAUAUAUGCAGGAGAUAGAUUGUGGAAAAAAUAUGAUUAUUUAUCUACCUUUUAUCCGCCCAUACCAUAUAUCAAACAUUCGGGAGACGUCAUAGAUGAAUAUCAAGGACAUCAUAAGAUAACUGCGAGGCUCAAUGAACUUCCCGAUAAUGUUGGUCAACUUUACUUGAUCUUGAGUUCAUGGCGAUCCCCGACGAUCGGUCACUUUCGUAAUCCAAGCUUCAAACUGUAUGAUGAAGGGGAUCCGGAGAAACAAUUAUUGGAUUAUACUAUAAAUCGAGCAGCGAACUCGCAGGCUGUUAUAAUGUGUCUUAUCAACAGAACGAAAGGCGGUAUGUGGAGUGUGAUUGAAGUGGGUGAGAUGUCGAUCGGAAACGCGAAAAACUACGAUCCAAUAGAGAAAAAUAUCAGGAGAUUACAAUGGUUUAAUAGGAUUCUGUGA